GUGACUCCUACGUCCGUGACACCGUUGUGGCUGUCUUGACUCUUGUUGUCGGCAUCCUAUUUUCAAACCAUCUCGCCAUUGGCAUCUAAAUCGGUCCCUUGUAACCUGGGAAAGCUUCUGGACUCCUUUUGCAUUUGCGAUCUGCGGAGGCCCUACCCCUGUGAUGCCGUGUGAAAGGCGCAGCUUGUUAGCGCUCAGUAGCAGCAGCUCAACAGCGCUAGAACCACCACGUCUCAGGCUGUCGUAAGCGAUCUCACUGGCCCCGAAGCCCAAGCGCGAUCCAUCAAUAUUCGAUUUCAAUUUCCGCCUCCCAGGCUCUCACGCGUGCGGUCCAGUCACGACGCAGGACGUCGAUUUCCUGCGCGCCAGCUUGGGUCGUUACGCUUGGCAACAGUCAUAGCUUCCCUUCUCUGAAUAACCCUCGUCUCUUUUAGCCUUCCUAUAUUUCUUCUUCUUCUUUCCGCACCACUUCCCUAUCUAUCUUUUCCGGCUCGUGCAACAAUGUCUAGUCAACAGCCCGACUUAGCGGACGGCAGAUCCUCUGGCAAGGAUGCUGUUGUCGAGAAAACCUCCCUUUCAGGAACUUCUGGAACGGAGGAUGUAGAGUCUCAGCUCAAAGGCGUCCCUGUGCUUGCCACCGGCAAAACUGGGCUCAAACUCGACAGGCAUGGCCUCCCCUUGAUCCCGCAGCCGUCGGAAGACGCGUCCGAUCCUUUGAACUUCCCGCAAUGGCUCAAGGCGCGUAUCCGAUCUAACCCCCACGCUUUCCUCGCUGGGCUCGGUCCCCUCAAUCAAGCUGUCGUGAAUCCUGCCCUCGUUCCUCUCGGUAUCCAUUUCAAAGUCACGCCCGUCGUUGCAAGUUACCAGACGACGAUCGCUAUCGCUUUCGCUGGUAUCGGCUCGUUCAUAUGGGUGCCCCUCUCGAACACUUAUGGCCGUCGGCCGGUCCUCCUUUUCUCGACCCUCAUCGCUGCCGCUUCGUCGCUGGGAUCCGGAAAGGCGACCACCUGGGGCCAGCUGAUCGCGACGCGGGUGCUGAAUGGACUGGGCACGUCCUCCUUCUUCACUCUCGGUGCCGGCAUGAUCUCGGACUGUUUCUUUCUGCAUGAGAGAGGCCGUGCCAUGGGCGUCUUCACAGUGUUUCUGACCAACUCGGCGCACGUCGCUCCUAUCCCCGGAGGAUACCUCGCUCAGUUCGUGUCCUACCGCUGGUGCUACUACCUCCCGGCCAUCUUGGACAUGACGCUUUUCGUGAUGAUGUUCUUCUGUCUGCCCGAGACUCUGUUCAUGAGGGGUUCCACGCCCGUGGCUACAAGCUCUCCGAUUCUCCGCCGUAUGAAGCUCUGGGGUCUGCGGCCAGAGGGCAAACACCUCACACUCUCCGACUUCUUGGGCCAAUUCAUCAUGUUCAAAUAUCCCACUGUGCUGGCAUCCGCUGUCUACUACUCGAUCACGUUCACUUUGAGCUCCAUCCUGCCUGCUGUGACCAGUGCCGCUUUGUUCAAGAAGCUGUACGGCUUCACCCCCUCUCAAACCGGCUUGGUGCUCGGAUUUGGCACGUUGAUUGGCUCAACGUUGGGCGAGCUGAUGGGGGGUAUCGUCGUCGACCGCACGAUGUAUCUCAGCCGUAAGAAUAACAAGGACAGCGAAGUUCUGCCCGAAGUCAGAUUGCGGGGUAUCUGGUUCGGUGUCAUUCUCCAACCGAUCGGUCUGUUGAUCUGGGGCUUCUCCAUCCAAUACAAAACGAUGUGGGUUGGGCCGGCCUUCGGCUUUGGUCUGAUGUGCUUCGCCAUCCAAAUCACAUCCACUGUGCUCUACAGCUACAACGCCGAUUGCUACAGGCCGCAGACAUCCGAAUCGGCGCAGGUCAUGAACUUCGGGCGUCAAAUCAUCGGAAUGACCACCGGAUUCUGGGCCAUUCCCAUGGGCACUAAGAUUGGAUUCCAGUUCAUGGGCGUGACUCUCGCCCUCGUUGGACUGGUGUCCUUCCUGCCGGUCCUCUUCCUCAUGUAUCAUGGGAAGACGAUCCGAGAUAGAAUGGGCGCACCUUCGUUCAACAAAUCAAUGUGAUGCAGACCCGGUGUAUCUGCACAAGAUUCGGGCUCCCUAGUCACCUGACAGCCUAGCGGCGACUUCUCUUGGAGUGCUUGCUACCUACCAUCUUUCGGUUUUUCUAAACAUUGUCACUGUACUUGAUAUAGACUAAACGAUUCCUCUCUCUUUCUG